AUGGAGGCGGUGUUGAAGUCUCCCUGUGAUGAACAGCACCCUCAGCAGGCUGAAGACUUCCACGGGAAUCUGGAGCAGAGCAGCAAGCCUUCAGCAGGAGUAAAAAAAGAUAUUGAAAAACUUUAUGAAGCAGUGCCACAGCUUGUAAAUGUGUUCAAAAUAAAGGAAAAAAUCGGGGAAGGUACUUUUAGUUCUGUUUACUUGGCCACAGCACAGCUACAAACAGGAUAUGAGGAAAAAAUGGCUCUGAAACACUUGAUUCCAACCAGCCACCCUCUGCGAAUAGCUGCUGAACUUCAGUGCCUCACAGUGGCAGGGGGACAAGAUAAUGUUAUGGGAGUUAAAUACUGCUUUAGGAAAAACGAUCACGUUGUUAUUGUUAUGCCGUAUCUGGAGCACGAGUCCUUCUUGGACAUUUUGAAUUCCCUUUCCUUUGAAGAAGUGAGGGAAUACAUGUUUAAUCUGUUUAAAGCGUUGAGGCGCAUCCAUCACUUCGGCAUUGUUCACCGUGAUGUCAAGCCCAGCAACUUCCUCUACAACAGGCAGCUGAAAAAGUAUGCCUUGGUAGAUUUUGGCUUGGCACAAGGAACCCCUGAUACGAAAAUUGAGCUUCUUAAAACUGCCCACUCUGAAGACCAGCAGGGAAGUUGCUUGCAAAUGAAUCCCAUAACCUUGGGAAAUGGGGCUUCUGUCAGUGUCACAGCACCCAAACAGAUAGCUCAACAGUCAGCCUCAAAAGCAGCUGACAGAAGGUCCAGCUCACUUUCAAAAGUACAGAUGAAACAAGGAAGAGGAGGAAAGGAGGACUCUGUGCACCAUUCUGUCCAGCGCUCUGUCUUCGGAGAGAGGAAUUUCAAUGUCUACAGCUCCACAUACCAGGAGAACUCAAGCACAAAACUGAUAAAACAAUCAAAGGUGAUAGAUGUUUCAUCUAGGAAGCUAGUAACAAAGAAGAAGAUUAUUUCUACCAGAACUGUGAGCAGUGGGGCAGCCAGGAAAGCUGCCAGUGCCUGCCCUUUAAACCUGCCCUGUGACUGUUACGCAACGGACAGAGUCUGCAGUGUUUGCCUUUCAAGGCGUCAGCAAGUGGCUCCCAGGGCAGGAACACCUGGAUUCAGAGCACCAGAAGUAUUAACAAAGUGCCCCACUCAGACCACAGCAAUAGACAUGUGGUCUGCAGGAAUCAUAUUCCUUUCUCUACUCAGUGGACGGUAUCCAUUUUUCAAAGCAAGUGAUGAUUUAACUGCUUUGGCACAAAUCAUGACAGUUCGUGGAUCCAGAGAAACCAUUCAGGCUGCUAGAACUUUUGGAAAAUCAGUUGUGUGUACCCAAGUUGUCCCAACUCAAAACCUACGAACCCUCUGUGAAAAGCUGAGAGGAGCAAAUAGCAGCUGUAAGGGAUCUCAGGGGGAAGGGCCCAGCAGGUCUGAAAACAACACAGCUCUGUCGGUUGCAGCAGACAAACCCUGUGCUCCUGAGACACUUGGAAAACAAAUUCAACACUUACAGAGUCUUCAGGAAGGUGAUGGUGCUUUGGAAACGAAGGAAACUGACAUGAAAGGAUGGGAUCAGGUUCCUGAUGAAGCCUAUGACCUGCUUGAUAAGCUACUAGACUUAAACCCUGCAACAAGAAUAACUGCAAAAGAGGCUUUGCUGCAUCCUUUUUUUAAAGACAUAAGGCUCUGAGAAGAUAACUUACUUUGUUAUUCCUUUCAUAUGUUUUGUAGAACUGAAAUACUAAGGCAGUUUUACCUUGUUGCCCUCAACAUUUACACUCACUGAAAUAACGUCACACUGUGCUCUGAACUACUGAAAUUUUGUCUUGUACAGUUGGACUGCAAAUGUCAGUUUAAGAAAUACUUGCAGAUGCAAAAGUUACAUAAACAU